CAUGGCUCGGUGCCCCAAGUGUCCAGUGUUUGAUGAUUUUCGACCAUUCCACUGAUCUUUUUAAAAAAUCGCCACACACCCGGGGCACCGGGCCAUGCAAAACGGAUUCGCCCAUUGCUUCAGUAAGGCUAACCAUAUAAACCGAGUUUAUAUUCUUUCUAUUUCUAUGUCGGAUUCGCAGACACAAUUUAGAUAAUGCAUUGAUAUAUAGAUAAGCUAUCUUGCUGAGAUAACAGAGAGAACAAAGAUUAUAGCUAUUUCAUAUUGUCCGUGGCCAUGUCCAAAUAUUAAUGACUUCUGGAAUUCGACACAGUUUUACUGGCAUUAUCAAAAGGCAAGGAGAGACAAACCUCAAUACUCAACAGCUCGUAUAGGCACGACGUAGAUGGGACUAAUCUCUUGAGAGGGAACCACAAUGCUACCUGCUAAGGAGCUGCUGCUGGCCACUCUGGAGGAGUUGACUGAGGGAGGAGGAAAGCUGGAGCGAUUUCAGUGGUUCUUGACUAGUCUGCUGCCCAUCUUUCCUCCCAUCCCAGAGAGCCAGCUGGAUGACCCUGACAGGCAGGACACAGUGGAUGAGAUGGUGCAGAGCUUCGGCCCUGAGGUUGCUGUGAAGAUCACACUGAGGAUCCUGAAGAAUUUAAAACAGUUCCAUCUCGCAGAAAAGUUAGAGAUAAACUACGGACAGGUUACGCCAUUCUUUAAAUACUUACUGACUUCCCCUGGAGCAAGUGGAGACCAGGAGACCUAUGAUGACAUUGAAGAAGGUGCAGGUGAAGAAUAUGACGUCAUGUGCUAUGAUGACCUAAUUUUGCGGUCAACACAACCUCACAUAAGCGUUCCUGAAGGAGAACAUGAAGAAUAUGAGAUCUGUGAUGUCAUAGACAUUACCGCCACUUCAGCGCCACCGCACAUAACCAUUCCUGAGAGAGGAGCAGAAGGCCUUUACCCCGAUAUCAAACCUAAACUAAAAGGGAUGUUGAAACGCAGUCUCUCAUUAGACGAUCUUCAAGUCAGAACACCAUCCUCGUCUCACAGUGUUUCCGAUGAUCAAGGGGAAUACAUCAACAUGAGUUCUUUGAGCCCCACAAUGCCAACUGUUCCAGAUCUGCUCCUCGCUACUCUAGAGAUGCUAAACGCAGAAGAGUUUAAGAGAUUUCUGAGUCACCUGGCUCACUGCCUGCUGUCCAUAUUUCCUCCCAUCCCAUGGAGCCAGCUGGAGAAUGCUGACACAAAGGUCACAGUGGAUAAAAUGGUGCAGCGCUACAGCCUCGAGUAUGCUGUAAAGAUCACCGUGGUGAUCCUGAAGAUGAUGAAGUGGUUUGAUCUCGCUGACAAGUUAAGGAAUAAUUACAGACUAGGAAGAAGAAGGGAGCACAGUAAGACAGCAUGUCACACGUCAUCUUUGUCCAAGGGUAAAGAGAAAGAGGAGGAUCUUUUUGUUUCUAGUCCCUCUGCAAAAAAAGAGGAGCAAGAAAAAGCUAUUGCAAUUCAUAGCAACAGAGAUGUCAUGGGACCCACAAAGCUGCCUGUUGCAGAUCUGCUGCGGGCCACUCUGAUGGAGCUGAGCAAACAAGUGCGGAGGAGAUUUAAGUUUUUCCUAACUAGCAGCCUGCUGCCUGGCUUUCCUCCAAUCCCAGCCAGCCAGCUAAGGUACGCCAACAUAGAGGUCACAGUUGAUAAAAUGGUGCAGAUCUUCGGCCCUGAGGGAGCUGUGGAGAUCACACUGAAGAUCCUGAGGGAGAUGAAUCAGCAUAAUCUUGCCGAUGAAUUAAAGAGAGAACACGGCAGAAAUUCUCCUCUCUUCCUGAAACCCAAAUAUGCCUCUGUAGCCCUGUCAAGCCUUCCCAGUCGUCCCUCAACUAGAGAACGAUCAAAGGAAGAGGAGAGCGAGGAACGUAUCGAAGUUAAUCCGUCUCAAAGCUUAACUGAUACCAAGGAGCAAUUAUUAAGCAAUGUAUUCGGAAAGGUCGGCCAAGCUAUGUGUAUGACUGACCCUCUCCAGGCAUUUCCUGAUAACUUGGAAACAGAAAUAUAUGACGAGAGCAGGGGAGCAUACCGGUUCAAGUGCCCCUGUGCAGGUCUGUUCCCAAGUGGUGUAACCGGCCUGGGGUUUGGGAUGGAGGGGGAGGGGGAAGUGCUCUAUUGGACAGUCCCCUGGGACAGGAGGCUUCUAGCACAGAGAGGCAAGAGGCCUGCAGGACCCCUGUUCAAAUUCACAUGCCUUAAAGGGUCUGUCUGUCAACUGCAACUCCCACACUGUGAGCUUCAUUCUAAGGGUGGAUGUGACUUCCUGUCUGUAGCCCAUGUGAUGGAUGACAGUUUGGAGUUUAUCCGUGACGUUCAGAUAACAGACAAACAUGUCAUAUUAAACAUCACUGGAUUCUCUGCUUAUGGCGUCGUCAAGGAAGAUGACUCACCCACUGUUCCUAUACGUGCACUUGUCUUGUUAUUCUACAAACCCCCAGUUGUUCCUAAAAAGAGGUCCAUCCUGAAUGUGUUGUUGCUUCCCAGAAAUGUUAUGAUCAGGGAGGUACAGGAGGAGUGGAAGAGAAGGAAUGGAGAUGAAGAAAUCUACAUUGAAACUAAUGCUCACUGCCAACUAAUCCCAAAGCAAGAAUAUACCCUCUCCACUGAUCUUGUAGAUGAACAUAAAAUAAGACCAAAGGAUGCAGCAUUCGUGGAUUUCGAAUCCUAUGAAAACUACAUCCCAACAUUUCAGUUGUUCUUACAAACUGUCGUUGAACAAGUUGAUCUCCUCCUGAAAGAAAAUGGCGGUGCAGAGUCUGUGUGGGACAGACUUGUCUGGCUUCCAGACGGUCAUCUUUUCUCAGUCACAGUUUCACCAACGGAAGUAAUCUCUACAGCUUCCGGCCCUCUCUCUGUAGCCCCUCCUGCCGAUCCUCCUACUCUCUCAGGAGAGAACUUCAUAACAAAACAAAGAGUGAAACUGGAGGAACACAUGGGUGAAUUACAACCUAUACUCCUCAAGCUCCAGGAAUGUAAAGUACUGAACGAUGUGGAGAGAGAGAAGAUUGACAACAUAAGUUCACGGGUCCGGAGGAACAAGGCCCUUCUGGAAAUGGUUAUGAGGAAGGGACCUCGUGCCCAGGAACAGCUGUACCAGGCCAUAAAAAAAGGGGACCCUUACCUGGUGGAAUACCUGGAAGAGGAGACAUCCUGACCAUAGAUUGGUGUGUACGGUAAUCCAACGGUUCUGGACAAAAAAUGACAACAAAAAAGAUGUGUAAAUGGACCAGGAGCCUAGAGACCGGGGAAAGUGUUGCUAUGCAACUGCACUGGCUGCAAACAGCAAGCUCAGGGACUUUGCUAUUUAAUGGCGUUAUAUAUGUUUUGAUCUCUGUAUAAAAUAUAUAUGAAGAUGGUAGGUAUAUAUUUCCAAGCAUUUAUUUACGUUUUCAUAUCAGUAUUUUAUCCAUACACAUACAGAUUUAUGUAUCAGUCAUUUCUAUAGUUGAUCAAUGUCGCUGCUAUCCAUGAAUUUUUAUCUGCACACUGAUGUUUUUAUUGGUCUCAUAGUGUGAUGGAGAGAUGCUUGUAUAAAAGUUGCGUCACUCUUGUCCAUAUAGAAUGUACUGUAUGAAAAUGACCAAAAGCCAGGCCUAGUCUGUUGAAUGACAUAGCUGUGGUGAAGAGAUCAAUGCUAAGUGGUGGCAGGCACCCUGUUCUACAAAACAAAAAAUACAAUGACAGUGUGAGGGCAAUGUUCAGUGUUCAUAAUGCUCAAUAGUGUCAAGUUAUAUUACAUUUGAUUAAACCUCUCUAGCUUA